ACAUUUUUUUGUAGAGCGACAUUAAAAUCAUUGCUGUUCCGUAUGGAUGAACCUUUAAAAAAUUCCUUUUAGUGGAUAAGAUAGAGAAUUGGAAGCAUAACAAUCUGGCAAAAAAAGAAAUUAGCUUUAUCUACUGUGUAAGCCGAAAAGGCCCAAUCAAAAUCAAAAAAAUCGAUUUUCGCACUGAAUGUAGAGCGACAUUAUAAAUUUUGUGCUUGCUAUAACUCAAUAAAACCUUAUCUAUUUUAAACAAAAAUUGGUGUAUUUUUCAGUCUUAUGGAGUAGAGUAAUAUCCCAAAAAAUCAAGCAAAGAUCUUUUUUCGUUUGUCAGAAAACUUAGUUUUACUUUGAAAAUGUAGAGCGACAUUUUUCGGAAUAUUUCUCCCUCAAAACUGAACGACACAUAAACAUAUCAUGAAGUGUCGGGAAAAUAGUAUUUCUAUAGACAGUCGACAUAGCUCUAUCAAAUGUAGCACUAAGUUUUUUUCCAUGAACAACUUUAUUUAUUUCGAUUUUUUUUCUCAAACGGUACAAUGAUUGUGCCCUUCGCUCAUAUAUGUUGCAUUAUAUGAAAAAAAUAUUGUACAAAAAAGUGCAAAUAUGUAUGAUAUUUCAAAAAAGUAGAGGAAGACUAGAUUUUCUGAUGUACCACGUAGGAAAAUAUACCAUGGAAUUGGAGUUGCAUAUUUUAUUAUACUGUGAGACCAUCUUAGUGCUAAGGCUUCUAAUUCUUUACUCAUAACAACAUUUUGGAAAAACUCAGCCUCGGAAUAUGGUUCUUUUACUGUUUAUGUAUCGAUGUGUAAAUAUGAAGAAGCAUGCCUAUGAAAAAAUUUACUUUAGAACUAUAUAAAUACAGUGAAAAAAUAACUUUCAAAACCGUUCUUUUUUCAGACUUCUGCAAAAAAAUUCGAAACGCGUUCCCUUUUCAGGAAUAACUUUUGUGGAACAACUUUUGAACUUUUGGAAUUUCAGGAACAACUUUUAAGAGGCUUAGAUCUCUCCAGUGCUUCUUUAAGUGAUGAAAAAUGUUUGAGUGAUUUAGUUCUCAAGUACGCCGAUCUAUUCACUUCACAACCGGGACGUACUAACAUCAUUAAACAUCACAUUGAUGUUGGUGACGCUAAACCAAUUAAACAGCAACCUUAUCGUGCUCUGCCUCCACGUAGAGACUAUAUCACUCAAGAGCGGAUUCAAAUGCAAGAGCAAAAUAUAAUUGAACCCUCUAUUGGACCUUGGGCAGCUCCAGUUACAUUGCAGCUGAAGCGAGACGGAACGAUGCGUUUUUGCAUUGAUUUUCGUCGACUGAACGCAGUCACUGUUCGGGAUGUCUAUCCCUUGCCACGGAUAGAUGAUACUCUCGAUGCUCUACACGAUGCCCAAUUCUUUAGCACAUUAGAUUUACGCUCAGGAUUUUGGCAAGUAGAACUCGAUGAAGAAAGACAUAUAGUCAGUGCCGAUGGUAUACGUCCAGAUCCGGAAAAAUUACGAUCAGUACGUGAUUUUCCGGUUCCGUUCAAAGUUAAAGACCUGGAUGCAAGUGAUUGCGGUCUAGGAGCCAUAUUAGCCCAAAAAGUACUUCCCGAAGGAGAUGAACACGUUAUCGUUUAUGCUAGCCGCACGUUAAGUGAAACAGAACGUAAAUAUUACCCUACUGAGCGGGAAUGUUUAGCAAUUAUUUGGGGCACUCAACACUUUCGUCCAUAUUUGGAAGGAAGGCCGUUUGUAGUGUGGACUGAUCAUAAGUCUCUAGUAUGGCUUCGUAAUUUAAAAGAUCCAACCAGCAGGUUAGCGCGCUGGGGCAUGAAAUUACACGCUUACGACAUGGUAAUAAAACACCGUUCUGAUGCGGCUAAUCAGAACGUUGAUACUUUAUCACGUUACCCUGUACAAUCAGAAGUCGUAGCGUCGCUCCAAACAAAGACGCUGAAUGACGCUCUCCAGUUAUCCAAUGAUGUUAAAGAUCGGCUGACGGGUAUUAACAUCUGGGAUAGCUGCAGUGUACUUGGUAAUAUAAAAGAAGCGCAAAGGAACGAUAAGAAUUUGCGACUUCUGAUUGAUUAUCUGCAUGAUGGAAUAUUACCAUCGAAUGAGAAUAUUUCGAAGAAACUGCGUGGAAUCGCAAAAUAUUAUAAAGUAAUUGAUGGUAGACUUUUUCGCCUACGACGUUUUGACGAAGAGCAAUCAAACCGUUUCAAUUAUAGUCAAAAUUUAUUAGUAAUACCAAAAUCAAAAAUUAUGGAUUUACUACAUUUUGCUCACGAUCACGCAGUUUCAGGACACUUCGGCAGGCGGAAAACUCUACAUCGUUUAACUUCUCGCGUUUAUUGGCAGGGAAUGCGAAAGGAUGUAGAGAAUUAUAUCCAUGCAUGUGAUGCAUGCCAGCGUUUUAAAGCUAAUACUCAAAAGCUUGC